GAGCCGAGGCUUCCUCUCAGUCACAGCGGUGCACAAGCUUUUUCCUGCAGCGCAGAGAAGGAAGGAGAGGAAUAAGGAAAAAGGAGCUGCAUGUGUGGGGGGUUAAUUUUUAUUUUUCGUGGAAGAACAAGACUUUCGUGUGAUCGUUGCAGAGGGUGGACUUUUUUUUAAGCUUUUGAGGAAAAAAGCGCUGUGCAUCUCCAAGGAUUCAUCCCCCUUUUUACCCUUUUUUUGCACGCAUCCUUCUCUCUUCAAGGUGGGAUGAAUUUGGACAGAGUCGCAGAGGCAGUGAGAGCUGCACCGCCGGCUGCUCGCGACGUGGCCACCGCGUUUCAUUUACCGAGAACUUCAAACAGCAGCAGAGAAACUUUAGAGAACUCAAGCAGCGAGUCUUCAGACACAGAGUUGGCAGAAAAGGAGAGAAGCGCCGAACAGAGGAGCGAUGAUGGGAACGCAGACGAUCCGAAGAAGAAGAAGCAGCGACGGCAGCGGACUCACUUCACCAGCCAGCAGCUGCAGGAGCUGGAAGCAACUUUCCAGAGGAACCGAUACCCGGACAUGAGCACCAGGGAGGAGAUCGCUGUGUGGACCAACCUGACCGAGGCCAGAGUCCGGGUGUGGUUCAAGAACCGCCGGGCCAAGUGGAGGAAGCGUGAGCGCAACAAUCAGAUGGACCUGUGCAAGAACAGCUACCUGCCGCAGUUCAGUGGACUCAUGCAGCCUUACGAAGACAUGUACCCGGCCUACACCUACAACAACUGGACCAACAAGGGCCUCACCCCGGCGCCGCUGUCCACCAAGAACUUCACCUUCUUCAACUCCAUGAGCCCCCUCACCUCGCAGUCCAUGUUCUCAUCGCCCACCUCCAUCUCCUCCAUGACCAUGGCCUCCGGGAUGGGCCACUCCGCCGUGCCGGGCAUGCCCAACCCGGGCCUCAACAACAUCAACGGGAUCGGCACGUCCGGCAUCAACUCGGCCAUGUCUCCGUCCGCGUGUCCGUACGGGCCUCCCGGUUCUCCAUACAGCGUUUACCGGGACACUUGCAACUCCAGCCUGGCCACCCUCAGACUCAAAUCCAAACAGCAUCCAACUUUUGGAUACAGCAGCCUGCAGAGCCCUGGAUCCAGCCUCAACGCCUGUCAAUACAACAGCUGACGUUGUACUAAUGUUACUAAUAUAAAUAAAUAAAUAUAUAUAUGUGAUAAUAAACGGACACGGUGUCAGAGCUUACAGGCUAUAUACCUGCGGAUGAUGAGGGAAAAAAAAAAAAAAAAAAAAAAUCAAAGACGACUAAACUGGAUUAGUUGCAAUCAUUUUUCAAAAAAAAAAGAAAGAAAAAGUGGAUUAUGCGGGUUUUAUGUGUUUACCAGUGAACUUGCACAGCAAUUGAAAUGUCCAGGUUUUUUGGAUUUUUUUUUUUUAAGUAAUGAAGACGUGUUACAUUGCUGCAUUGUACAUAUAAAUGUAAAUAUAUACAGGCUUAACAUAUGAAACAGACGAUGGGAUUUUUGCUUGCUUUUGAAGACUGGCUGGCUGAUGGGAGGGGGGGGGGGGGGGGGGGGGGGGGGGGGUUGUCUUGACCUAAAAGGAUUUGCAAAAAAAAAUAAAGCGUGGAGCAUAUCAUCAUCAACACGAGAAAAGAAAAAGUCACCUAUGAGUCAUUCUAUAAUUAGGGGUACAUUUCAUGUCAACCAAAAAGUGAAGAAAUCAAAUAAUUAUGACAAUUAUAUACAAUAACAUGUAUUUUAAUGUUAAUCUGAAGAGCAAAACCUGACAUUUAGCAAAUCGGACAGCACAAAAACAGCAAAUUCCAGUAUAGAAUAUGCAUUUUCUGCAAAAUAAAUGAUGGGACCUGUUGACUUUUUUGUAUUAAAUGAAAGAGAAUUGUGCCCUGAUAUAAAAUUGACAAUUGCGUGAAGUGAAUAUUUAGUAAAAUUGAUAAAUACAGCCCAUAGACAUGACAUGUACCCCUAAUUAUAGAAUCACUCCUAUAUUGUACAUAUUUUAUACUGCUUCUGUGUGCUUUCUAUUUACCGUCUAUGCAGGGUGCCACCGGCCCGUUUCACUGACUUUACUUUGAAAAUGUCUUUCCCAUUUUUUGUUUGUUUGCUGAAAUAGAAAAUGCAUGUUUAAAACUUGAGUGCAACGUGUUUUUGUACAAUAAUGUAAAGACUUUUACAGAAGUACGUUCAUUAGCCUAAACUGUAUACAAAAAAAAAAAAAAAAGGUGAUUCAAAGUCCUCAUGUGUUUAU